AUGGAGGCGGGCUCGCUGUGCCGCGCCGUCUACGCCUUCGCGGGCGACGGCCACCCCAGCGGGCUCCGCUUCGACGCGGGCGACACGAUUCGGGUGCUGCAGACACUGACCGACGGCUGGUGCGAGGGUGAGAAGGGCGAUGACAAGGGAUGGUUCCCCGCCGCCUACGUGCGUCUCGUUGAGUGCAGGAUACGGAUCGAGGAGGAAUACGCCAAGAAUUUGUCCAAGAUGUCACAGAGCCCCCUCGCGCUGCAGGAGGAAGGGACCCUGGGGGAGGCGUGGUCCCAGCUCAAGAAGAGUUUGGCUGACGAGGCGGAGGUCCAUCUCAAGUUUGCCGCCAAGCUGCACACGGAAGUGGAGAAGCCGCUGCUGAGCUACCGAGAGAACCUCAAGAAGGAGCUCAAAAAGUUCGAGCACCACAUAUCGGAGCAUCGCAAGCAGCUGCUGGGGCGGCUCGUCAACGUGGACAAGGCCAAGAAGGUCCUGGCGGAGCGGCAGCGUGACCUGGAGGUGAAGUCGCAGCAGCUGGAGAUCAAGCCCACGAACAAGACGGAGGAGGACAUCAAGAAGGCGCGACGCAAGUCCACCCAGGCUGGAGAUGACCUCAUGAAGUGCGUGGACCUCUACAACCAGGCGCAGUCCAAGUGGUUCGAGGAGGUGGUCACCACCAGCUUGGAGCUGGAGCGGAUGGAGAGCAGCAGGAUCGAGAUGGUGCAGGAGCACCUCUGCGUAUAUGCCCAGCUCCGCCACGAGACGGAUAUGUUCAACCAGAGCACGAUGGAACCCGUGGACCAGUCCCUGCAGAAGGUGGACCCCACGAAGGACCGCGAGCUCUGGAUCAAGGAACACAAGACCGGUCACGUGCAGCCCGUCAACAUGGAAGUCUGACGUCCCGCGCCUCCUUGUUCACCCAACGACGCCGUGCCCGGCGAGCCACGCUCAGUGGCCGCCGGUGCCCGGCGCGGGCGUGCCGAUCGUCGGCGUCACGCCCCCCCCCCCCCCCCCGCCCCCACCUCCCUCGUUACGCUUUGACGGCGGCAAAGUGACUUUGUGCCGUUGUGAGCCGUCAUGUUUUUUUUUCCCCUCCAUCCCUCUUCUAUUCGUCGCCUUUCUCCCGGGGCGGCAUCGUCGCCUCGUCACACUCGCCAUAGUUUUUGGCUCCUCGCGCAAUUUUUUGGGCCGUCCGCGAAUCGCGUCUGGAACUCCGCGCGGCUCCUCGCUGCUGCUGCUGCGUCGUCGUCGUCGUCGUCGUCGAGAGAGAGAGAGAGAGAAAGUGACGAGAGGUAAAGCGAUGAGAGAGGUAAAUGGAUGAGAGAGAAAGCGAUGAGAGGUAAAGUGACGAGAUAAGGCGAUGAGAGAGAAAGCUUCUUUGCGUAUUCAUUCAAGGUGCUUCAUCGUAGGCCGACGUCAUUACCCGCGAAGCGUGCUAGUCACGCGCAUCUCCGGAACCUAGCCCGCAUCUCAAAUCCAAGGGAACUUACAUUAACCCCCUCCCCCCCGCUUCACCCCCCCCCCCCCCCCCGGCCCCCCACCACCAUUGCCUUUUGCCGGACGGAGUCGCGAAGCGGCUGGCGGGUGUGGAGGCGGUGCAAUCGCUCCACCGCCACCGCCGCCACCAGCGCCGCUACCUGGGCCGGUGGGAGGGUGCAGGCACCACCUGGCGACGAGGAGAGGA